ACGGCGUCGGGCCUCCAGUACAAGGUGCUGAAAUCCGGGACCGGGCCCGCGGCGUCGCCGUCGGCGCGCGUCGUCGCGACCUACACGGCGCGCCUCCCGCACAACGGCCAGGAGCUCCCGCCGGGCACGCCCCUGCACCGGCGCGAAAAGCCGACGACGCCGGCCUACGGCGCGCCGGCGCUCGUGCCGAACCGCGUCAUGAAGGGCCUCGCGGAGGCGCUCGGCCUCAUGCGCGCGGGCGACGCGUGGGAGCUCGUCGUGCCGCCGAAGCUCGCCUACGGCGCCGCCGGGUCCGGCACGGCCGUGCCGCCGAACGCCAUCCUGCUCUGGACCGUGGAGGUCGCCGAGGUC